AGAACUUGGAGCGAUAAACAUUCUUUUCAUACACAAAGAGGCGGCAGAAUUUAUUACAAAUAAACCUAAAUACAUAGUUUAUUAACUAAGAUGCCUUCAGUUUUCCUCUGCAAUUUGGACCAUCCCAAUGGGGUCUACUACAGUGGCCAGACCAUCAAUGGCACCAUUCAGUUAAACACUACCAAAGAAAAACAAGUUCGCAAUGUUCGCAUUGUCUUCCUGGGCGAAGGUAAAGUAAAAUGGGACGAAUCCUAUACUACCACCGAUUCGAAUGGCAACAGCACUACACAUACCACCUACUAUCGAUCCCAUGAAGUCUAUGUGAAUAAUGAGACAUUUGUGCGUGGCGAAGGUGUGUUGCCUGUGGGUUUGCACACCUACACGUUCAGCAUUACCCUGCCAGCGCAAUGUCCGACUUCAUGCGAAGGUACUUAUGGACACAUACGCUAUGGUAUAUCCUUGAUAUUAAAUCGGGUGCUACGAUUCGACAAUGUCUAUCAUAUACCGCUGACAGUAUUGCAAACGGUUGAUUUAAAUUUGAAUCCUGUAUUCAGGCUUCCUCUACUAGCUGAGGACAGCGCCAGUGUCUGUUGUUGGCCUUGUUCUGGUGGCAAAAUGAUGUACUCACUGCGUGCACCAUUUGGCGCCUAUACCCCGGGACAAGUGGUCAAAUAUGCCUUGGCCAUACAGAAUCAGUCGAUGGCCAGCACUAAUGGCUAUAAACUGCAGUUCAUACAAAAGAUGACAUUUACCGCCACGUCCCCAAGUCGCAAGCAGAAACACACAAGAACCACACUGAUAAAACAAGAGUCGCCGGAGACCUGUUUGCGUCUGACCAAUCGCAUAUUUAAAGGAGAAUUUCGUAUACCCUCGGUGUCGCCCACAACGGAUGCCAGUUCCAUUAUAUAUGUGGAGUACAAAAUGAAAAUCACCAUCUUCAUGUUGGGCUGUCAUAAAUCUCGCGAUAUAUCCUUGCCCAUAUUCAUAGGAAACAUACCGUUGAGAGAGAGUCGGGUUAGCCCAGAGCCAGUCUCACCCACGGCACCUGAAAUGGAAAAGCCCAGCGCAGACGCCUCAAGUGCUGACAUGCCACCCAGUUAUCAUGAUUUAAAACCGCCUUCAUAUGAAGCUGCAUUGCAAAGUGAAUCCCCAUUUGUCGAUCAUGACGUAGACAAACACCAUCGAGUGGUUGGUUUUAGACCCCUCUACCCCGUGUACUCAUAGGCAGAGCACACAAAUAUGUUACGUUGUCUUUUUUCCCCCCUCUCUAUCUCUCUCUCUCUGUUUAUAAAUGUGGUCAACUCUGAUUUGUGAUAAGAUUAUGGGAUAUUUGUUUAGAAAUGUUUUUUUUUUGUUUGACCAUUAAUAAUAUUUGUUAACUUAUAUUCAUUGUGAAAUUUCAUUGAUUACAGAGAGGGAGAGGGAGAGGAGAGAGAGGGAGAGAUAUAAAAAGGAGAACCUUUAUAAAACAAUGCAAAGAAGAUACUCAACAAAUUGAAUACCAACCAUCAAAUAAUGGACAUAAUUGAAAACAAAAAUCGAAAAUUCUACAUUCCUUUUUAAAUGAAUUUUUAUAUGCAUUGUCACUAUGUGCAGGCAAGCAUUCUUAAAAACCUCCUUCGUUAAAGUUAAGCUGUUGCUACUUACAGUUAUUUGGUGGUUGUUGGUAAACAUAAUACUGUAAUACCAACAAGUUUAUUGUAAUGGUAUGCAGUAUACAUAUCUUAACAUUGUAAUACAUGUCUUGUCGACAUGUUUGAUGAAAUCAACCAUGAUACCGAGAAUAUAUGAAAGACUUAUAUGAA